UCUGCUUAAAUAGUUCUUUUAAAAAUUGUUUUGCCUAUCUUCAGGCCACAGAAAGUGAAGCUGGUGAUAUGGACUUGAGCGGGUUACCAGAAAAGGCAGUGGACUCCGAGGAUGAGGAUGACGAGGAGGACAUCCAGAGGGCCUUGGACCUGCUGAUGAGCAGGGACAUCGUGUGGGACUGUCUGGAGAAGGACCUGAUCCACAGGACCCAGGAAGACAUUGCUGGACUCCUGGUCUGUGAUUCUCAAUGGUUCUGUGGAAGUGACUUAGCCAAAUGGAAAAGCAGAAAUACUGUGCAUGGGAAAUAGUUUUGGCGUCUCUCCUACCAUGGACAAAGAGUACAUGAAAGGAGUGAUAAGAACGAAGGUGGACGACUGCCAGGUAUGACACAUCAUUAACGGUACACAUGGGACAGAUUGGCCAGCUGGCGGGGUGCUCGGGGUGGAGCCAGGGCCCUGCAGGUGCUGAGCAAGAGUUGUGCUGGAUGCUGGGCUACGAGCCUAGACCGAUGUUUCUCUAAA